AGUCACAUUAUAUAUAUUAUAUAUAUAGGGGAACAGAAUGCUGACUAUGGCUAUUCACAGACUUAUACAAAUAUGUUGGACAAGGGCAAGGAGAAGGAAGGACGAUGGUUUCACAGAGUUCAGAGGAAAGGGAGAAGGAACAGGAGACAAGAGACAAUAACAUGAAGACACUGGACUCAACAGGUCAACAUGAUACCAACAGAAACAACAGACAGGUUAUGACGAUCCACUUCCACAAAUAUGAGCAAGAAAGAAGUUCAGUUUCAUCCAGUAGAUAUUCUACAAAGGUAACUGAGAUGAGUGUUAUCAGGUCAUAUUUCAGUGUCAUAGACAAACUAAUCGAACCGAGGAGAUAUGACUCCAGACCAUUUGGUGGCGCUACUGUGCCCACCGCUACACAACCCACGAAGAAGAAGAGGAGGAAACAUGGCGCCGGAGAAGAGCGCCACGGUGCCUCAGUUCCUCCGGGGAGCGGAGCUGGUGAAGCAAGGAGCUGAAGCUCGAGUGUACCGGACUCAGUUUCUGGGGAGGCCGACGAUCGUGAAGGAGAGAUUCUCCAAACGCUACCGACACGUCGCCCUCGACGAGAAGCUGACGCGCCGCAGGACGGUGCAGGAGGUCCGCUCCAUCCUGCGCUGCCGCAGGGCAGGCAUCCCUGCCCCUGCAGUCUACUUUGUGGACUACACCUCCCACUGCAUCUUCCUGGAGGAGAUUCUGCGUUCCUCGACUGUGCGUGACCAUAUUGCAUCCACUCAGCAGUCUGCUUCUUGUACAGUCCAGGAGCUGGACCGGGACCAGGACCGGGAGCUGGUCCAGGAGCAGGAGCUGGAGCAGCUGGCUCAGCAGGUGGGUCAGAUCCUGGCCAAAAUGCACGAUGAGGACGUGAUCCACGGAGACCUGACCACCUCCAACAUGCUUCUGAGACGCAGCCCUGAGGACAGAGGCUCCGACCUGGUCCUGAUCGACUUCGGGUUGAGCUACAUCUCUGCCCUGCCAGAGGACAAGGGGGUGGACCUGUAUGUGUUGGAGAAGGCGUUCCUCAGUACCCACCCCCACACGGAGGCUCUGUUCCAGAAGCUGCUGAAGAGCUACUCAGCAUCGUCCAAGAAGUCGUCAGCAGUCCUGAAGAAGCUGGACGAGGUUCGACUGAGAGGAAGGAAGAGGUCCAUGGUGGGAUGAUGAGCCAGUGUGACGUGUGGAAACUGCUCUGAUUGUGUGACGUAAUGACAAAAUAAAAGUUUAUUGUAGUAGA